AUGUCUUAUAUUUUAGGAGUAUUUGUGUUCGCCCCCGGUCCUCACAAUGUGACUGUGAUCUUCCUCUCUGGAGUUGGUGUGGAGGUUCGUGUGCAUGACGGAGCGAUGGCUGCAACCGUCCUGCUUCCAGCCGAGUUUACCAACCACACUCAGGGUCUCCUCGGUCUGAUGAACUCUGACCCAUCAGAUGACCUGUUGACGCAACUAGGAGAGGUCAUUUCCCUAGCCGACGCCACGGCGGAGGAGAUCUUCACCUUUGGAGCUGGCUGGAACAUUUCAAAGGAUUCUUCCCUUUUCACAUAUGACUCAAAGUACCUUUUGGAUAACUACUAUUUCCCACCAAGCUAUGAUCCUGCUUUUGUUCCUGCCUUUUCUCUUCUCGAGAGACCUGAUGACCCUCUGGUGGGAAACAUGUUGACAAUGUGCUCAGGAGAUGGAGCAACGCUCUGUAAAUAUGACACCCUGACCACUCGGAGCCUCAGGAUGGGAAACGCCACACUCAGGGCCUUCCAAAGUCAUCAGGCCCAAAUGAAAGCUCUGGAGCCAGGUUUGUGUUACAAGAAUAAUCUUUUAGACUCAUGG